CAUCUACACGUUAAUGUGAAUAAGUAAAAACGUAAGAAGUCACAGAUGGCUGUCUCAAAUCAACAACCGGUGCAGUGAACGAGCGAAGUGACGCGGUUAUGUACGCAAAACAAUCGCGUCAGACGCGUAAAACAUCGUGAAACAUGUAAGGAGUUGUUAUCGUAAGUGCCAUCGUGUUGAAUUUUACGUUUCUUUUUGUUUCACAAUACGGCCGAUUACUAGUGAAAGCAAAAUUUGGCUCGAUCCGCCGUUGUCUUUACGAAUUGGUUUUAUCGUCGGUGACGUACGGUUUUGGGGCACCGAGGCCAAACACGAAUCGCUGUUCAAGGAUGAGCGCGAACAAUGUGCAAGCACUUUUCGCAUGUUCCAGAUGCUUUUCAAGGCAUCCUUUUGAAGAACUUUCUCCAGGGCAACAAUUGUGUAAGGAAUGCAGAGGUGCAUUUCCUGUGGUGAAAUGUACAUAUUGUAGAUCGGAAUUCCAACAAACGAUAAAGGGCAAUACAAGCACUAUUUGUAAGAAAUGUGAACAAAAUGUGAAAUCUUAUGGUAAGCCAUCGGCCUGUGAAUAUUGCAAUACCAUAGCUGCAUUUAUUGGUAGUAAAUGUCAAAGAUGUACAAAUUCUGAGAAGCGUUAUGGGCCACCAGUUACUUGCGAGCAAUGCAAACAAAAGUGUGCCUUUGACAGACAAGAUGAAGAUAAGAAGGUUGAUGGAAAAUUAUUAUGUUGGCUGUGUACAUUGUCAUACAAACGAGCAUUGGCAAAAACAAAACAAUCCGAUGCUGAAAGGAGGGCACAUUUGAAAUUAGCACAACAACGAGCAGCAAAGCACAAAGAACAAAAAUUAAAGAGUCAUAAUAAGAGACCACACAGAAUAGAUGUAACGAAGCUACCGCCUCAAUCUGAAGGUGCGGACACAAAUGGUCCAACACCGGUGAAAGCAGCGCGAAUGGUUGGUGUCCAUGAUCCACAUGAUCCCAAUAGUUCGGAUCAUGUAGUCGCCGUUACACAACUUAAGGAAAAGAUAGCUCAUCUUCAGAAACAAAUAUCUAUUAAAGACGGGCAAUUACUUGCUAAAGAUAGACAAAUUACAGAAUUGAAAGCAAAAAAUUUUACAUCAGAAACAGAGCUGCGUAAUAAAAUGAAAGCGACAGAAAAAGAGUACGAAGCCAAAAUAUCGACGAUGCAACACAAGAUUUCCAGUUUGCUGAAAGAAGUUGCUUCCUUAUCGAAGAGUUCUAAGCGAGGUGAUAGAGUAGCUGCCACAAAAACAGAAGCUGGGACCAACAGUGGAAGCGGAACAGACAGUCCUGUACCUUGAUAAGGGACUUGGUUAGCCGUGACAACAUACUCAAAUGUCCAUACCCGCAUAAAUCAUGUGGUACAUUACAUAUAGCUAAUUGUUUCCAUUAACAAGGCAAAAUCUGUAUUAUUUUUCUAAUUAAUAUAGGAAUAUAUAUUGUCUUCGACGUGUACACGGAAAAUCAUACACGUUCUUCUUAAGGGGGAUGAUGAUGAUGAUGAUGAUGAUGAUGAUGAUGAUGAUGAUGACGAUGAUGCAAGUGCAAAGAAAGGUGUUAUUCAUAAGUUAGGUAGUUUCCCUCUUUCUGUUCCGUUUCACGACCAUCCCGCAAUCGCGAAUUUUUGAGACUAAAUAUCGUGAAAAAUUUGUUUAUAUUACGAAGAAACCGCCAUUUCGAAAUCGAAUUGUACAAUAAUGAAUCGGAGAGGCAUUUGAUCUCCGAUAGAAGUGAUUUUUAAAUUAAAAUUUACGAUCGAAGUUGAUACUUGCGAGAAAUGAACAGAGUUAUAUGCAGACACAUAUACACAUACACACACUAUAAUUGAGCAAUAGUGCUGCUGUAACAUUUUCCUAUCUAUAACGAUGAAGAUGUAACGACGAUGAACCAGGAUAUGGUGAUUGUAGAUCAAUUUACAAUAAAAGGUUAAAAACGAUA